AUGAACGCUCUCGCAAAGAGCCUUCCGUCAGUGUGCCGGCAACUCAUGCCUCGGCCUGCUUCCAUGCGCACCUCCCGUCCCUUCUCCUCGACUAUCAAGACCUCCAGCAGCAAGGAUGAGGCCGAGAAAAUUGAGAACCAGAUUCUGGACCGGAAGCCGGCGAACUCAGAAGACUCAUCACCACUCUCUGCCAUUACCAAGAUGAUGCAGGGAGACCAAUCCUCCUCCUCCCCGCGUGUCAAAUCCGACUACAGCAGAUUGGCCGAGAGCCUGGAAGCCGACAUGAUGCGAAACCCCUACGCCGACCGCGCUCCUCCCCACCACCUCCACGUCUACUGCCACAAGCACAACACAAUUCUUACCUUGACACGACCGAACGGAAACCCGCUCAUGUCCUUGGGCACUGGCCAGAUCGGCUUCCGUAAAGGCGGCCGAGCUGGCUUCGACCCUGCCUACCAAUUGUCCUCGCACGUUAUGUCCCAGAUUCAAGAACGAGGAUACCUGAUGGAGAUUAAACGGUUGGAGGUCAUUUUCCGUGGAUUCGGAAAGGGUCGUGAUGCCUUCAUCAAGGUCCUUCUAGGUAACGAGGGACGCAACAUUCGGGGGCUUGUCAACCGAGUGACUGACUCGACUCGUGUCAAGUUCGGUGGUACUCGUAGCCGGAAGGUGCGCAGACUGGGUUGA